AUGGAAAAAGAGGCGUCCGAGUCUGUUGCCGGCGAAGGGGAAAGAAACGUCGAGGAACCUGUCGUGUCGCUGGCCGAGGUGCUGGCUGAGAACGAGGAGCUCGAGAAAGAAGCGCGCGCCGUGCUGGGCGGCAGUGACCACGAACGUUGCAGUUAUUCUCAGGGAGCAGUGAAGAGGCAAGCCCUGUAUGCGUGCAGUACAUGUACACCAUCAGGAGAAGAACCAGCAGGGAUCUGUUUAGCAUGCAGUUAUGAAUGUCAUGGAACUCACAAACUAUUUGAGCUGUAUACAAAAAGAAACUUCCGCUGUGAUUGUGGAAACAGUAAAUUCAAAAAUUUGCAGUGCAAGCUACUUCCUGAAAAGGCAAAGUUGAAUCCAACAAAUAAGUAUAACCACAAUUUCUAUGGUUUGUAUUGUGUCUGUAAAAGACCUUACCCAGAUCCAGAAGAUGAGAUUCCAGAUGAAAUGAUCCAGUGCAUAAUUUGUGAAGACUGGUUUCAUGGAAGGCAUCUUGGUGCUGUUCCUCCAGAUAGCGGGGACUUUCAUGAAAUGGUUUGUCAGGCAUGCAUGGAUCGCUGCCCAUUCCUAUGGAGCUAUGCCUCUCAGUUAGCAGUUCCCACUGUGACCAAAGUUACCCCUGCUGCUGAAGAUGAUGCUGUGCUGAACAUUGAAGAAGCCAAAGAAAUUAAAAAGGAAAAUGGUACAGACUGCCACGUAAAGACCGAAGAAGAGAAAGUAGCUCCAAGUAAUGAGCCAUCCACCAGCUCUGGCAGCGAAUGUUCAGAGGCAAUUAAGAAUGAAACAUCCACCUGCAAACUGCAAGAACUUCAAACCAAGCAACACCUAAAGACCAACACAGCCACAUUUUGGCCUCACAACUGGCGGAGCAAAUUGUGCACUUGCAAAGAAUGCACGAAAAUGUACUUGGAUCUGGAAGUCUCAUUCCUAACAGAUGAAUGUGAUACAGUCUUGGCCUAUGAGAAUAAAGGGACUAGUGACCAGGAAGCAGACAGGAGAGAUCCUCUGAUGGACACACUUAGCAGCAUGAAUAGAGUCCAGCAAGUAGAGCUCAUCUGUGAAUAUAAUGACCUGAAAACAGAGUUAACAGACUAUCUGAGAAGGUUUGCAGAUGAAGGAACUGUUGUUAAGAGAGAGGACAUCCAGCAAUUCUUUGAAGAAUUCCAAUCUCGAAAGAGGAGGAGGACAGACCAGAUGCAGUAUUACUGCAGCUAGACCGGCUUGGACAUCAAAGUGCAAGCUUCUCCAGGCCUCUCUGCUACCUUUCCUGCCCCUCUCCCCUCUGUGCAUCUCCUUUCUUACAACCUAGAUAUGUUCUCUAAUGUGAGAGCAGCUGUACUAAACUAAACAAAACACAGGAUCAUGGUUUUUUAGGAUGGGGUGGGGUUUUUUGGCGGGGGAGGGGAUGUUGCUUGAUAAAGGUUACUUGAACUUUGAUCCUAGAUAUCUUGGGCUUAUAUUUAGUGUCAGAGGACAUGUUUAGAAAAGGAAUAGCAAUCCUCCUGAACUGGUAUAGGUGAACUAUUUUUCAUGUGUGUGGUUUUUAAAAGAUAGAUCAGUGUGCUCGGCAGAUUAAUACUUAGGAUCAAGGUGCCCCGUGUGAUACAGACCCUCUCAUCUUUUAACAUAUAAGGGCUUGUAUCUGCUCACUUUAAAUGUAUACUCAUACUGAUCUCUGCUGUAUAGUCUGUUCUGUUGGUUUCUGCUUCUGAAAAGCUACCCAUGCCAAAUAUGAAUUCAUGAGCUGUUUCGGAAUUAAGAUUUCUAAUCAGUUAGAAAGGAUUUCUCUUUGACACACAAGUAUUUAUUCCAGACAAUAGUUCCUUGCUGUGGGGUGGGGGGGAAUCACUUCUCAUAUGCAGAGUUGCUUUCAGUUUUUCUUGCUUGCCUUACAGAAUGUAAAUGAAAUGCCCACUGGAGGCUAGUUCUGUUAGGUUAAUGCCUUUGCUGUUUUUAGACCAAAGUAGAGAUCUCUGUUUUUGAAAAAUAACACGAUUGUAUUAGUUUGUAAAUGGUUAAAAGGAGAUAGCUUACAGGGUUGUUUACUAACUGUAAAAUAUGGCAUUUUGAUCUUUUUUGUAGAGAAACUUAAAAAGUGUACUACAAAGAAUGUUAAUCAACUUAAAUUGGAUCAGUUUUUAACAAUCUGGCCAUCCCUUCAGUAGGCUAAGCAAGUUAUGUGUGUAUGCUCACAGAUCAAUACAAUUGUUGCCUAAACAGGCACAGCCACUACAUAAAAUAUUUGGGGAUCUCUCAGCUGUAGUUAAGAGGAGACACAAUGCCAUUCAUGUUCCAUGUUCGUUUAAAUGGGUUAAGCAAUAUAGUGGCACUUUUAACAACCAUAGUGUCAGUGUCACAGUAACACUUGGGAUGAGAAAGGCUGCAUAAAUUCACUUGUAAGAAAGAGUAUGAUUCUGGAACUUGUUUCUACUUAGCCAAACUUGAGAGAGACCCUGUAUAUUGUGGUGGCAGUCUGACUGUCUUGGGAAAUGUAAAUAUCAUGCUUCAUUUACUUUGUGCUCUGAUAAGUGGUGGGAGUUAUAUGCUCAAAAGAUCUCCCCAUAUCAAAUGUUCACAUUCUAAUUGGUUCAGAAUCUUAAAUGAAAAGUCUUAUCUGUUCAGCAAGGAUACUGAGAGGGGAGUAUAUUGCUCAGCCACAUUUGUAUUGGCAAGAAGCUCAGCUCUACAUUUCUUGAUACAGAAUAAUGGAGCUUUCCUAUGAGAGUGGAACAGUGGAAGGAAAUGAGUUUUACAGUUUGAAAAAAGUAUCUUAAGGGUUAGGGGAAUGAAAGUGUUGUUUAUUUUAUGUACACAACUGGAAGUGGAAACAGCUAGAGUGUACUAACAAACCAAUAAAGAUUGUCAGAAAAUGUAA